GCGGUGGGCGGGCGCAGCUAAGAAAAUUAUAAGGUCAUUUGAAUUACGCCUGCUAGCGAGCUUAUCGGCUACAAUGAACCCAUAAAUGAUAUCAAUGAUUGUGACAAUGAACGGAUGAUGAUCACGGGGUCAACGUCGACGCGCACAGUCAGGCGAAUUUGACUCCAUCAGAGGAGAAGCAGCAGCUCUUUGUGGCGUUACAACAAGAGGGGAUCCCGGUGCGUGUGUCUGUGUCUCUGUGUGCGUUUCUGUGAGCCUCUGUCAAGCCAAGCGAGCGGCGGAGAGGGCGACCAGGCUAGCCUGUAAGCCGAUCAGAGCGGAAUCGCACACAACGAGUUUCACUUCUGGGAUUUCUGCGCACCUACAUGCUGUGACGGUGUGAACGAGGUGCAAGGAUGAUGCGUCUAGGGUGUUCCACAGCCCUGCUGUUUGUGUUGAGGCUGCUAGUGGGCUUACCUUGGUUCCAGGUUCUCCCAGCCAUCCUGAUCUUCUACCUGGGAAGUGGAGGAUGGAGCUUCCUGCAGAUCUUUGCCAAAACAAUUGGCAGAGACUUACAUGCAGCAGGAGUGCUAUUGCGGGUGAAGAUGAAUGUCAGACGCCACCUCAGAGAAAAGAACACCAUUCCCAAGAUCUUUGCUGAAACAGUGCACCGCCACGGGGACAAAACGGCACUUAUCUUCGAGGGGACUGGGGAGAGGUGGACCUUCCAUCAGUUGGAUGAGUACUCCAACAGAGUGGCCAACAUGCUGCUGGAACGGGGUUUUAAGGAUGGUGACGUGGUGGCCCUUUUCAUGGAGAACAGGUCCCAGUACGUGGGCCUCUGGCUGGGCAUGGCCAAGAUCGGAGUAGAGGCCGCUCUAAUCAACUUCAAUUUGAGACUAGAGGCCUUGGUCCACUGUGUCACCAUCUCCAAUGCCAAGGCUGUGAUGUUUGGCUCGGAGCUGAAUGAUGCGGUGUCUGAGGUCCACAGUUUAAUGGGAAAGGAGGUGCAGAUGUUUUGCUCAGGAGACUGGGACCCCAAACGGGUUCCGCGGGGAACCGAAAGCCUAGAGCCCCUGCUGGAUGCUGCCCCAUCUCACCUGCCAAGCCGGCCGCAACGCUGCUUCACAGAUCGCCUGUUUUACAUCUACACGUCAGGAACCACUGGGAUGCCUAAAGCUGCUAUUGUUGUGCACAGCAGGUACUACCGCAUGGCAGCCUUGGUAUAUUAUGGCUUUAGGAUGACUUCAGAUGAUGUGUUGUAUGAUUGCCUUCCACUCUACCACUCUGCAGGUAACAUUGUGGGAGUGGGCCAGUGUAUAAUACAUGGAAUGACUGUAGUCAUCAGAAAGAAGUUCUCUGCGUCACGUUUCUGGGACGACUGUGCCAAAUACAACUGCACUAUUGUGCAGUACAUUGGUGAGAUCUGCCGAUACCUGCUGAACCAGCCGGUUCGGGACAUGGAGAAACAACAUCGGGUGCGCAUGGCAAUGGGCAAUGGCCUACGCCAGUCUAUAUGGGAGGAGUUCAUGAAGCGCUUCAAUAUCCCACAGAUUGCAGAGUUCUACGGAGCAACAGAGUGCAACUGCAGCCUCGGCAACUUUGAUAACAAGAUUGGAGCGUGUGGCUUCAACAGUCGGAUUCUACCCUUCAUCUACCCCAUCAGACUAGUGAGGGUGGAUGAGGAGACCAUGGAGCUCAUGAGGGGACCUGAUGGUGUCUGUAUUCCCUGUAAACCUGGUGAGCCUGGGCAGCUAGUCGGCAGGAUCAUUCAGAAUGACCCUCUUCGGAGGUUUGAUGGUUAUGUCAACCAAUCCGCAACCAGCAAGAAGAUUGCUCAUAGUGUCUUCAAGAAGGGAGACACUGCCUAUCUCUCUGGUGAUGUGUUGAUCAUGGAUGAUUGCGGCCACAUGUUCUUCAAGGACCGCACAGGAGACACUUUCCGCUGGAAAGGAGAGAACGUCUCAACGACCGAGGUGGAGGGAACUCUCAGCAGGCUGCUAGACAUGAAAGAUGUAGUUGUCUAUGGAGUGGAAGUACCAGGAGCAGAGGGAAAAGCUGGAAUGGCAGCCAUCGCUGAUCCGUCUCACUCCACUGACCUGGAGAAGCUUGUGAAAGACAUGGAGAAAGCUCUCCCGCCGUACGCCAGGCCUGUAUUCCUCCGCUUCCUUCUGGAGGUCAACAAGACAGGAACAUUUAAGUUUCAGAAGACGGACUUGCGUCGGGACAGCUUUGACCCCAGCGCGGUGUCAGACAGACUGUACUUCAUGGAUUCCAGAAGAGGGUGUUAUGUGCAGCUGGACGAGGACCUUUACCGUUCCAUACUGUCUGGGAAACACAAAUUGUGAUUAGCAGGCUGACCACUACAUCUACACAUGUACACAUAAAUACACACAUACAGAUACAGAAAAGAAGACAUUAUUAUGUGACCAGAAUGCAGGGCCUUGUCUCCAUAUACAAAAAUACAUAUAAAAGUGAUAGCCAUACACACUCCUUAUACCCACACUCAAACGGCAACAUAUAUUUACACACACACACACACACACACACACACACACACACACACACACACACACACACACACAUUGUAUUCUCAAAACCACUUUGCUCUUUAAAAUCCCUAAAAGCAGACUUAUGCACGCCACACACACACACACACACACACACACAGCACCACUCCAUCCAUCCUUCACCGGCAACUCCUCUUGCUACCUCAGCAAACGCAGAGAGAGGCACAAAACUAGUAACCAGGUCUAUUUGGUAACCUGAAACCACCCUUCAUAGCCACAGUAUCCCUGCCCACACAGGCCUCAAAUAGCCACGCCUGUCCAUCCUGGUCCAUCAAACCACAUGUUGCUGGGGAACACAACUGGAAGGGAUGUGGAGUACAGGCGGCCUGGCAUCCAGAAUGCAAAAACUUAAAACUACAGAUAUCCACAGACUUUAAGGAUGCUGAGAAGGAACAUGGAUUAUUUAGUACAAAAAGUGUGUGAGGGACCUAUGAGGACAUAAACUGUCUCUCGGUUUGUUGUUUCGUCAGCGAGAUUGUUUUGUAAAAGACUGGAGGCUCUACCGUCGACUUCACCUGCACAAUUAGCCAGCAGUGACAAACCUGUGUGACAACUACAGCUUUUCUUCUAUCUGAGGUUAACUUUCUGUCACCUCUCUGGUCUCCUUGUCUUCAUUUCCACCCUCACUCUACAGAGCUUGAGAUGAAAAUGAGGAAAUGACAAAAGUUUUUUUUUUUUUUUUUAAAGGGAAAAAAAUAAGGAUCUUAUGGAUUUUGAGAGUUACAGAAGUUAAAUUGGACCAGUGGUUGAAGCUGAAAGAUCUACUAAAGUGCUAAGGCCAGUAUUUGCAGUGAAAUAAUCCGCCUCACCACAUGAGAGCUGAUAUAAAACAAAGCUUUUUAUUUAAAUAUGUCUGCAUCACACCAAAUAUAUUUAAGUUGUAGUCUUUGUUUACAUAUUUAAAUGAUAUAUAUUUAAAUGAUAUAUAUAUAUAUAUAAGUUUUAGUAAUUUAAGUUGUAAAAGAAUUCUCUUUUGUCAUAGUGCAAAUGUAUCAGGUUGUUUUUGCUUUAUCGAAAUCUGUGCUUCAUAAACUCUUGGAGUCCUCAAAAAGGAAGUUGCAGUAUGCAUUUUAUAUCCGCAGCUGGAACACAAAGUCAAGUGAUCUGACUGAUUCAACCCUGGGCUAAAUACAUGGGGCUAUUUCCAUAAACAGGACUUGUUCACAUACUGAGCUGACUGAGCUGGGUAUGUUUGUGUGGCCGUAUUGUGCAGGUUUUGUCGUAAAAGGUAAACUAUCGUAUGGUGUGUGUGUGUAUGUGUGUGUAUUCUUCUAAAACACAUGAAGAGGACUUGACUUAAGAUACCGAAGCACCAAAUCGCCUGAUCAGCGAGGACUUGUAUUUUCAUCAACAUGCUGGUGCUAAAGAUGGAUGUCCUGUCAAGUUCGAGAGAGCCGAAAGAUCCAAAGAUUCAAAAAGGGGUGGAUAGGGUGAAUCGAAAUGCAAAGAUAGAAGAAGAGAAAAUGUGCUUUGUCAUCGAGGUUUUUCUGUUGUUUCUAUUAGCUGUCAUCGGAGCUUGUAGUAGCAUGAAUGAGCAUCAUCAACCACACAAGCAGAGCACUGUGCCUUACUGUGAGUUCCCCUCCCAGAUUUACAGGCCCUGACCCACACAUCGUAUCUCAUAUGCUUCCCUAUUUCGGACCUGUUCCAUUUAGCUUAUCUACCAUAAUCUUAUUUGUCGGUCUUCAAAUUCCCUGUCAUAGUAGCCUCGCAUAGCUGGCUUAAAUCAUGCCAGCUCUUUUUAUUCUGAAAAUGAUCUGCUAAGAAUCCAUGGCAUUCCAGAGACUGGCACCUUCAUCCUUCCAGGUGCUGGAAGAGGUUUUGUUGAUGUCUCGAUGGACAAGAGUCAUAGCAUUUUGUCUUGAACUCUAUCCUCCUUACUUCCUUUUCUUUUGAGUCUCUUCCGGUCUUUACUUAGUCUUCUAGAUUUCCUAUCUAUUAUUUGUUUGUUUCUUGGUUUACCUUUAUAGAUAUUGUUUGCCCAAGUUUCCAUUUGCUCAGCACCUUUACUUUACGCCUUUAUCAUCUGUCUGCCAACCACUGCAAUCCUUUCCAUUCAUCCAUCUCUUAACCUCUCUCUGCCUUCUUCUUUGUGGCGUUUCAUCCUUUCGGGCUGGCACCUUUGUUUAAUCCUUGCUGUCUUUGUCAGGUCUCUGUUCUCCACUAUGUGUGCUCAUGUUCAGUCAGUGGUAUAAACAGCAGUUGAAUACAUUUCCGAUAUUUCCUAAUAAGAAUUUUAGUGUUUGAUGGAGGGAUUUUUUUUAGAUUCUUUAAGAGGUCUGUUGACAUAAAGCUCAAACUACACACUCAAAACUGUUCUCAAAUAUCUUUUGCCGAUGUUUGUGCGUAGUCUGCCAUUACCCUGUGACAUUUUGUCUUGCUUUUGCAACUAACCGCAUCCCAUAUCAUCUACAGUACAGCCAGGCUUGCCAUUGCCAACAGUGUGUGUAACUUGCUGCAGUGUAGAGGACUUACUAGUCUUCAUGAGUUUUAUGGCAGCAAUGCUCGGGCUACUUUGUUCUCUGCAGACUGGUUCUUGAUAUGUUUAAACGGCUUUUCUUAGUUCGUACUUUGCACUGACUGACAAAGUUCACCUUGACGGCUGCAGUCUGCUGACAGUGAUCGUCAACGUCGCUCUCACCUAUCAUUUCCCUGUUUGAGGGAAUGUAUUUAUUCUUUAAUGAUGAGUGUGAAAUGUUCUGAAUGUCUAAAAAAGCAAACGAGUGACCGAUGAUGAUGAUGAUGAUGAUGAUGAGGGUAUUAUAAAGUAAAGUGUGAUUAACGUAUCUACAGGAACACAAUUUGGCUGUUAUGAUGCUUGUGGCUGAGGGUGGCCAACCCUGACCAAACAGUCCCACAGCAGAGCAAUCUGAAUAAGGUGUUUCCAUUUUACACUUUUUUUUUUUUUUAUGACUUUAAAUUAUUAUUUUUUUGAAGGAAUUUAAUCACGUUAAUUAUAAUUUGAUUGUUUCACUGCUUUAUGUGUUUGCUUUUGUUUUCUUUGCAUGAAACCAUAGCUUUGUGAUUUUGGUAUGAAAAAAAACGGGAUUCAUGCAUGAGUGUAAGACAAUCGAAUGGCAGUUAUUUUUUUUUUUCUCUACCUUCUUGUAAAAGGCACUAGGAACCAGCCGGGGAGAAACCUUUUCUGGAUUCAGUUGGUGUAGUAAUUUAUGUUGACCAGAAGCCAAUUUGCUAUUUCGCAGCUAAUAAAUACUGUGUUGAAAAGUAGAUGGCAAACCAGACAAGUCAGCUGAAGGCCUGCAGGGAGUGACACGUCUGUACAGGGCGUAUUCAGGUUUUGAGACACCUGUUUGACCAGAAGGGGGCGCUCUGUCCUUUCUCAGAAAAGAGCGGGUGAAAGAGACAUGUUUCCAUGCCAUCAUUUUAUCAAGCAGGAAAGGACCUAAUGACUGCAACUUAAAUUACUGUAUAUAGUAAUGUAUUGGGGGGAACUGAAAACCGUACAUGAUAUAUUUGUAAACCAAAUUUAAAACCGAUUUAAAUGUGGAUAUUAUUAUCAGUUAAAAUCCUUUGACCCUGUUUCUUUCACAUUUUUUCAUCUAAAGACAAAUAAUCAUUUUCCAGGUCCUCUUAUGUGACCGAUAAAAAAACUAUUUAAUGCCAGCCCCCUAAUACGUUUGGACCAAACAUUUAGUCUCUGUUGAUUGAUGUAACUAUAAGUUUCUUCCUGUAACUCCAAAGUGAGCAAUCUUGUGAGAAAGCAACCCCGGCUUUGAACUGUCACCAGUCUUCCCGGCUUACGCUGAGAUCAGUCAACGUAAUCCAAGUCUCUGAUUGUGUAAAGCACUGUACCAAAUGACUGGUGAUCUAAGGUCACCAUUAUGUGGCGAUCAUUACACACCAGACGGUCCUUUCUGUGAUCCAGAAACCCUGGCUGAAGAAUUGUGUUUUUAACAUUUGUGUCUCUGGUCUUGCUGUCCCUCAUACCUCUGAUCAACAUUUUUUUUUUCUCACACUGCUUUUUGCACUUUUUGUUUGUCUGCUUUCCCCUGUCUUGGUCCUCAGGAACAUCAAAUGUUGCUCGAGAAGGAAACAAGUUUGGACACGUCUGCCUAUGUCUUGGUUCGUUUUUUAAAUUAUUUUAUGUUGUUAUCUCAUGGCACACGCAGCAGCUCUCAGCUUGUGCAGUGUGUGUAGGGGAGGUCUGUGAGGUGUGCUGUGUGUGUGUGUGAGACACACACACAUACUGAUGUCCUCUUGUCCACUGAAGGCUUUCUGUAUACAUGCAUUUCAAGAAAAUAAGACAAAAGCAGUCCUGCAAAUGGAAAAUCAUUAAUAAAAAAAAAAAUAUUUAAAUUGUU